AUGCCUGGUAGCCACGCCGCACCACGCGCAGCUCCUCGUGGCCCAGCCGCUACGCGGCGCCGCGCCGGACUUAGAGCUGAUCGCGACGGCGAUGUUGCUAUGGGUCUCCCCAUCAAAGGCCGCGCAGGCGUCGCCAAGAGCAGCACACCCACAGGACCGCGAAAGGACUCGGCUGCACGACCAGCACGCGGCGGUAUCCUUGGCGCGACAGCACAACGAGCCAUCCUCCGGCAAGCGGCAGGCACGAGGGACGUUUCGAUGAAGGAGGGCAGGAUCAGCGUCACACGAGGAGGACUGGUGGAACUGAAGGUGUCCGGCUGGAACAAGAGCAAAGCGGCCGACAAUGCCGAUGGCGGGGUCAGCGCUCUCAUAAAAUGGCUGGAGAAGAAAGCGAGCAGCAAACUUGGAUCAAGAGCCCGGAAUGUGAAGAUUAAGAAGUCUCACGUUGAAGGCUCAGACCUGAUCAUCAAGGUGCCAUCGGAGGAUGCGAACGCACUGGUACGGAUGAAUGGUUAUGGAUGGGCAGGGUCUACAGUCAGCAUCACGCGCACGGAUGGGGCAGCUUCGGACACAGGCGGGCCACCUUCGCAGGCGGAGGCGACCAAGGCGAUGUUGCGUGGUGUACUGGAGCGACGUUACGACCCAGACACCAAGUUUCUCAACCUUAGCGCCUUGGGCCAGGAUGAGGAGUUGAAAAAUCAGCACAUGUUUGACAAGAAGUCGACAGCUAGCAAGUUCUUCCCAGCUAUGAUGGUCGUCUUCGACCAUGCUUUCGACAAGAAGGAGGAUCGAGAUGCGGCAGUGACGAGUGUCUCCUUGGCAAACAACGACCUCGAGGAUCUUACCGCAGUCUCGACACUCUCGCUACAUCUGCCAAAGGUGCAGAAUCUCGAUCUCUCAAACAACAAAUUCGCGAAGCUUGGCAGCCUCAACAACUGGCGCAGACGCUUUAACCACCUUCAGCACCUCAUCCUGACUGGCAAUCCAUUCGAGCAGAACGAGCCUAGCUACCAGCAGGAAAUCGUCAACUGGUACCCCACGCUCCGCCAACUCAACGGGAUACAAGUACGCACGGAGGAAGAGAUCGCGAAGAAGGCUACGAUGAUGCCCGAUCUACCCUUUCCGAUCCGUAGCGCGCUCUUCAAUGAUGAAGGCGGCAUUGCGGAGAACUUCAUCCGCACAUUCUUCACCGGCUUCGACACUGAUCGCGCGACUCUGGCAAACUACUACUACGACAACGACUCUGAGUUUUCCUACGCUGUCAAUACCUCCGCGCCUCGCGAUCCAAACGCAGCCGAUAAGGCUGAGACUGGUAAUUGGGAAGCAUACCUCAAACACAGUCGCAAUCUUAAGAAGAUUUCGCAACUUCCUGCGAGACAGAGCAGGAAAUCUCGUGGUGCACAGGCCGUGGCCGAGGUCUUUGCGGGAAUGCCAGCUACCAAGCAUCCAGAUCUUGCGGCUGAGGCGAGGAAGUGGAUCGUCGAGGCUAAAAUGGUUCCUGGUGUGCCUGACGUUAGUGGUGCCUCGCCUGGUGGUGUUGAUGGGUUCCUCAUCACCAUUCAUGGCGAAUUCGACGAGCAGGACAUCGCAUCUGGUCAGGCAAAGAAGAAGCGGAGUUUCGACCGCACCUUCAUCAUCGGGCCCGGUGGUCCCGCCACUGUGCGUGUCGUGAGCGACCUGCUUACUAUCCGCAGCUACGGCGGCACUCAAGCCUUCGAGCCCGACAACUUCGAGGGCUACAACAUGGAUCCACAACAACAACAAGUCCCGGAUGCAGCUGCACCUGGUCUCCCUGCGGGGCUAGACGUGGCACAAGCGGAACAGAUGGUUGCGCAGCUUAUGCAGCAGACGAAUAUGACGCUGCAGUAUGCUAAGGAUUGUCUGGAGCAGGUGGCGUGGAACUAUCCCAUGGCGCUGCAGGCUUUUGAGAGUGUGAAGGGGAAUUUGCCGCCUGAGGCGUUUGGGUCUGCUUUGCCUGCUUAG